UCUCAAGGCAAUAUGGCGGACAUUUCGGAAAGCGAAACAUUAUUAUCAAGUGUCUCCGCGUAUUUCCAAGACCUGCAUGAGUGGAGUUAUCGGUGUGAAGGAGCCUGGACUAUGGUUUUAUCGCUUCGUAAGCUGAAAGCUGUCUUGCGUUUGCGAAAGCGCUAUGGUAAUAAUUCACUUUCCAAAGCAGAUCAAGAAAAUUGCAACUACAUGAGAGAGAUCUUACAAAACCUUGAAUUCGCCAAGCACGUUAUGUCACCACUGAUGGGAGAGGACUACGUUCAUGUGGGAAAAGUGGUUUCAGUUCCUGAAGUCUUUAUAUCAUCAAUGACCGAAAUAUGCCGAGGCUUGCGUCCCGAUCACAGACUUGAUAAAGAGAUUGACGAAAGUUGUCUAUGGGGUGUAGUCAUGCCAGAUUUCUGCUUCCUACCUUCUAGUGGUAUACUCUCCAUUGAGACUGAAAAUGAAACGAACUAUCCAACUUUCUCUGUUGAAUUAAAACCAAAGUGUGGCUUUCUUCCUUCGUCAAAGUACAUUGAUCUCAGUAGAGUAACAAAGUAUUCUGUCUGUCAGUAUUGUAUGCUUCAAAAAUCGAAAGUCAAAGAAGGAAAGUACAAGAAAGAAAGCAAUUAUUGUCCUUUGGAUUUGUUCUCUGGGGAUGUUAGGAGAGUCAUGUACGCCUUUGAGUGUCUGGUUUCUAAUCCUCAAAAUAACUUUCGUAUUUUUUGUGACGGCGUUGCGAUAUUCACGGAUGAAAUCGUCGAGGGAUUUAUUCAAGAGGGGAUUAUGUGUUGUACAGAGUGGUGUCUUGAGAUGGUACUACAAAAUGCAAAAUUUUUCGUGGAAAUUACAAAUGAAGAUAAAUUGUACGCCAAUGCUACAAAAGAGCGCCAUGAUCUUAACAAUUGUGUGACAACUAGAAUGGAACAUUGCGUGACAAGCACGAUGGAGGGUUGCGUGACAACUCGUGGAAGCAGUAUGGAGAAUUGUGUGACAAAAGAGGAUGAUCAGCAUACCAUGAAGGCAGAUGAAAAAGGUAGAGAAAACUUUACUACAAAUCCACAUGAAUGUGGUCAUGUUGGUCCCUAUUCAAGGAAAUUUCUGGAAAUUUUGUUGAAAAUUUUCAUAGAUGACUCAAACAGAAGUUACCCCAAAGUGAACGAUGUGAUUAAGUCACCAAAUGCUUCCAUGUGUAAAAGAAGCAACUUUCUUGAGUCUUGUGUUAGUAUCAACAAAAGUAAUAAUUAUGAGCUGUUUGGGAAUGGAGGGGUCCUACAAAAUCUUUUGUUAGUGCAGAAAUUAGAUGCCAUUGAUGUGGAGGGAAUUUACCCUCUGUACAAGAGGGUGUUAAGUUAUUUUGAGUCUAACCCAGGACUUAGAGAGAGUCUUGGUGUUGAUGGUCCUUUCACCACACCAUUAUGGCAAAGGGUUGCUUCUUCUCUUCAUGGUAACAUCUUAGAUGCUACUUCAUCAGCACCUUCAGUUACAGAUCUAAACUCUGAUCUGAAUGACAAACCAAACACCGAACAUGAUAGGCUACUCAAGGUCUGUCAAUUUGCCGUCGCCUCUACUGCAAAGGAUUGCUCUAUGAUGGUUUCUUUUCAGAGAGCAUCAAAGAAAGAAGCUUCUCUACCAGCCAUUGAAAUAACUAGUGGUGAUAUUUAUCACUACAACAUUGAUCUGGUUGAUUUGGAUCCUAAGGAAUUUGAUCGUGUAGUGAAAUACUAUAAUGACAGUAGAAAAACUGUGAAGGUCUUCCUUGAUCAUUAAUGGACAGCAUCCUCAUCACCGUCAAUAUCAGUAUCUUUAUCAUCAUCAGUAUCAGUAUCAUCUUCAUAAAUAAACAGUGACUUUAUUAUUUUCAUUAUCAGUGUCAUCUUCAACAUCGUUAUCUUCAUCAUCAUCAUUAUCAGUAUCACUUUCAUCAUUAUCAGUAACAUCUUCUUCAUCAUUAGUAUCUAUUAUUAUCAUUAUCAUUGUCAUCUUUAUCAUCAUCAUUUUCAUUACUAUUUCUACCAGCUGUUGGGCUUGAUCUACAGCUGCACUGUGUUCCACCACUGGUAGGGUAAUUGCCAAAAUCCUGUUAAAGAGCCUCUUCCAGCCAUUCAGUCAGUAAAAUGGAACAAAUAAUAGUGAACAGUCCAAUAGUAGCAGUAGAGUGAAGAAGUGAUGGAGGUUUGACUGUAGGUCAGCCAAAACCUCCCUUGUUUUUGUUCACUUGUCUGCUUCCAUCAUGCCAUUUAACAUAUAGUGCAAAUAACAAAAAGAUGAUCUCAAUAAUAAGUUAAUUAAUAAGUACACAAAAAGCCAGACCAUCAAAAGCCAUCAUAUUAUCAAUAUUUAUUGUACUUUUCCAAAAAACCUACAUCCAUGGAAAAUAAAUUAAAGCAAUGCAGCACAUGCCAUUCAAAUUGUUUCUUAUUGUUCUUGUUACAAGGUGACUAUUAUCCAUAAUCACCUGACUUAAAGGUGCACAUGACAUAGAGAAGAGUGUAUGGCACCACAAAUACAAAACUAGAAGAAAAAUAAUACCUUGAAUAUUUUUUUAAUCAGUUAUCCAGCUUAUUCAUGGGAAAAAUGUCACUACUUACUGUAAUGGACAUAUGCAAAAUAAAGGUUUAAAUACCACUACAUAAAUUAUGUUGUUGAGAUAUACUCACAGUACUAGCGAAGCAUUGUAAUCUAUUAUAAUGCAAAGUUAAGUACUAAAUGCCUACUGUUUGUUAUUUGUUUGUUUUGUGAUAAUGGUAAUGACACUGAAAAUUACACAAGUUUAUUGAUAGCAUUCAAUGGUUGCAAUUUUCAUUUUCUGCUCACAACACAAGAAAAAAACCAU